GCUAUUACACAAUGUGGAUUGCAGCACUUCCCUGCAGUGUAGCAUAAUCUUUUUCUCCACCAUCGGUCACAGUAACACAAGAACAUAGGUGGAGCCACAUACAUUCCACACACGAACAUAAAGGAAUGUGCUGAAGACCAGCCCGGCUAGAGGAGCAGAUAGACCAUUCUAGAGAGAAGCCAAGGACUGGCAGAAUCAUGUUUACCAUCGACCUGGUCACCGUUCUUCUUCUGAUUUUAACUUGCUUAUUUUUAAUAAAGUUUUAUAAGAAGCCAAAGGACAAUAUGUACAAAAACUUCCCACCUGGACCCAAACCCUUGCCCAUCAUUGGAAACAUGCACAUACUAAACCUGAAGAGGCCGCACAAGACAUUCCUCGAGCUCUCUAAGGAGUACGGCCCAGUGUUCAGUGUGCAGAUAGGCAGUCAGAAGAUGGUCUUACUAUGUGGAUAUGAGACGGUGAAAGACGCUCUUGUCAACUAUGCAGAAGAGUUUUCUGAAAGACCAUAUGUGCCCAUUUUCCAUGACCUAGCCAAGGGAUAUGGUGUAAUUUUUUCUCACGGAGAGAAUUGGAAGGUGAUGAGAAGAUUUACAAUUUCCACACUAAGAGAUCUGGGGAUGGGGAAGAAAAUCAUAGAAAAUAAUAUUGUUGAAGAAUGUGAUUUCCUAGUAAAGAAGUUUAAAUCAUUUGAGGGAAAGCCAUUUGAAAACACAAUGAUCAUGAACGCAGCUGUCGCUAAUAUCAUCGUCUCCAUAUUACUUGGUCAUCGCUUUGACUAUGACGAUUCAGUCUUUUUAAGGCUAAUGGGUUAUAUUAAUGAGAACAUUAGGCUGGUGGGAUCACCGAUGGUCAUGUUAUAUAACACUUUCCAAUCUGUCAUUCGCUGGUUGCCGGGAGGUCACAGAAAAGUGAAUGAGAAUGCUGUAGAGACACAGAAAUUUAUUAAAGAGGUCUUCACAAAGCACAAGGAGCAGCUGGACGCAAAUGAUCAGAGGACGCUUAUAGAUACUUUUCUUGUCAAGCAACAAGAGGAAAAAUCUGAAUUUGCUUCUUAUUUCCACAAUGAGAAUUUAAUAAUGGUGGUCAGCAACCUCUUUGCUGCAGGAAUGGAGACAACCUCAACCACUCUCCGAUGGGGCCUCCUUCUAAUGAUGAAAUACCCCGAGAUUCAAAAAAAUGUUCAAAAUGAAAUAGAAAAAGUUAUCGGGUCGUCUGAGCCUCAGUUUGAGCAUCGGAAGGUAAUGCCCUAUACAGAUGCAGUCAUCCACGAGAUUCAAAGGUUCGCCAACAUAAUCCCAACUAACCUCCCCCACGCCACCGCCAAGGAUGUCACAUUCAGAGGUUAUUUUAUACCUAAAGGCACAUAUGUCAUGCCCCUAUUGACCUCUGUCCUUCGAGAUGAGGCCCACUUUGAGAAACCAAAUGAGUUCUACCCACAGCAUUUCCUUGACUCCAAGGGGAAUUUUGUGAAGAAUGAAGCAUUUUUGCCAUUCUCAGCAGGUAAGAGAAGUUGUGCCGGGGAGAAUUUGGCUAAGAUGGAGCUGUUCCUCUUCUUCACAAAAUUGCUGCAGAACUUCACGUUUAAGGCUCCUGCUGGUGCUGAAUUUGACCUAACCCCAGCUCUUGGGUUCACAACACCACCUAUGCCCCAUUUGAUUUGUGCCAUACCUCGUGCCUAAGAACACGUCUACAACGAAUCAGUAAAAUUCUAUUGUAGCAGUUUUUUUGUAGGGAAUGUUUAUACCGUUCAAAGAUUUCCUUUGGCCAUAGCGGGACUUAAUAUGUCACCUCAACUGGAGAUCCAAGGAUCGACACCGCUGUUGUAGAUUACAACUGUUAGUGAUCUUACAUUUUGUUUUAGACAUUAUAGUACAUUCUAGGCUGUUUUUAAUUAUAUAAAUUAAAGUAAGAUC